AUGUCUCACACGCCUACCUCUUCCGCCCCAUCGGGUAAUGCAACUGCUCAACAAGAAAAGAAACCCAUCCUCACCGGUGUGAGAAUCAAGCAGCGUAAAGGACAAGCCAAAGCUGCCUCAAAGUUUGAACCAGAGAGUUUCCGUGACGCCUUACUACUUCAUCUUUCUCUUUUACCCACCCCUAUCACGGUCGAUUCGCUAGUCGCCAAGCUCGUUCAAGCAGGUGCCACACUUGAAUUCCUUCGUUACUAUGAACAACUUUUCGAAGUUCUCUUCCUCGGUGGUUUGCUCCAACCGGGAGGAUCUUACCUCGAUGAUAAACGUUCUCCCGUAUACAUUGUUAAAGAAGGGGAACGUGAAGGGCCGAUGAUUGUCGAAACUUUAAAACGUGUCAUACAACGAUACAAAUAUCUUCAAAAACCUCUUGAAGAGAAUUUCUUACCUAGUAUUUUGGGUUAUAUCCAUAGAUGGUCCCCUGAAGCUAGAACGAAAUUAGCAGAAGCGUUGGCGCUCAUCAUUGUGGAUCUUCAGAUUUCACCCCGUUGUUUGAGUAGUCUGGUCAAGGAUCAUGUGGUCAAGGAUAAUAUCGCACUUGACUUUCUCACUUCGUUCUUCAAGACUUUCCUCUCUAAACAGAACGUCGACGUACUAGGCUCGACUCUUCGUAAAUCAGGAUUGAAGGAUAUUGCCUUAGUUUUCCCAAUCCAGAUCAGAGAUAAACGACAUCUUGCGGAACAUUUCAGUAAGGAGGGUUUGGAAAAGAUCAAUGAGUGGUAUGCCAAGGUUGCCCUCGGUGAGUCGGAGAAAGAGACGGUUGCAAAUGUGUCGAGGAUGGUCAAUGAGGAGGAGACAUCAGAACAGAUGAUUGAAACUUUGAAAACUCAACAGGCCGAAGCCCCGGUGACAGACGCCGAUCUUGUAGAAUGGAUCUGGCACGGUCUCAUGCGAGCUUUGGAUCUCUCCGGAGCCCGUGCAGAUCAGAGUGAUUCGAUGGUGGUUCAUCAUAUCACGACUUACGCUCCAGUCCUCGAAGCCUUCUGUAACGGCGCACGAGCCGAAGUGAACUUGAUCAAUGCCGUGCAGGUAUACUGCUACACCGACACUCGCGUUAUCAAAGCUUUCCCUCAGAUUUUGAAAGUGCUCUACAAUGCCGAUUGCAUCUCCGAUCAGGCCAUUUUAUACUGGCAUAGUAAAGGUGCAAAGCCCCAAGGGAAACAACACUUUAUCAAAGUUACCGAACCGUUGGUCAAGUUCCUCGAAGCACAAGAAUCAGAAGAAGAGUGA